UGAACAGUUGUUGUUAUUGAGAUGAAAGCUCAAAGGUCAUCUUCUGCGGUGAUAAAUCAACUGUUACAAUAAAGAGAGUGCAAGAAGAAAUUCAUCAAGGAUAGAGUGGAGCAACCUCUUUUUAGGAUCUGAAAGAACCUGCUCUUGGAGAAACCCAGGUAUGCGAAUUCGAGUGGUUCAAAUCUGGGGCUUCUUGAUGACGGUACAGGGCUGGAUCUUUGUGGCUUGCACCAUGGCCAUGGAGGGCUGGAAGAUCACCUCAGUCGGAGGUAUGGGAGGCUCUUCCAUCUUGAAGGUAGCCUGGUACUGGUCCAGUCUGUGGAGAUCUUGCUUUACGGAUUCAACAGCUGUUAGUAACUGUUACGACUUUCCCAUGCUCUGGUCCGUGGAGGGCCACAUCCAGAUAGUGCGAGGUCUGCUGAUGGCCGCUCUGUCCCUGGGCAUGCUCGGCUUUGUGCUCAGCCUGCUGGGCAUGGAGUGUACCUUCAUAGGGGGGAAAGACCAGUCAAAAUACAAGAAGAUCUACACCGGCGGUUGGUGCCACAUAUUCAGUGGUUUACUGUCCUCAAGUGGAUAUGCUGUUUAUGCACAAUAUGUCUCAGGAGAAUAUUUCAACCCAAACUUUAAUGGUCUUAAGUUUGACCUUGGCACUCCAUUAUUCCUGGGCUGGGUCGGCUCUGUCUUUCAAAUGGCCGGUGGUAUCUUCUAUCACUGGUCAGUGUGCAGGCUGCUCUGUGGACAAGAGCAAACGGUGAUUAUCCAACAAGUGCCAGAUGUGGAAAAAGACCCCAAAACCAAGUCCACCACAGAGCUGUCCUCGGUGUCUGGAAUCACCUCCAAGACCGAAGUGUCGUCUGUAUCCGAGCUCCAAUCAGAGCGUUCCAACUUGUCCGCCAUCUCCUCAGGAUUAACAUCUAGAAGCUCAGCCGAGUCAGAGCGUGGGUCCAACACAAAGCGAACAACCUCUUCUGCCGGUUCAGUUUCAGCUUCAGGGUCUGGCCCCUUGUCCAGAUACAGCGCAUCAACAAUGUCAGGGUCAGGCAGCAGCAGAGGCAGCAGGCGUGUGUCAUCGGUGUCCGGCAGCUCGAGGAAUCAGGCCACAUCAUUCCUUAAGAACUCCUAUAUUUGAGGGAAACAGACUCGUAUAAAUGACUCAAGAAGACCAGUAUGGUGUCGUUCUUUGGGCCGGAGAAAGUAAGGUCAAGGCUAAACAUAGCCAUGUGUUUACGACUUGUUUCUCAUAUUUAAUUGAUCAGAGUUUGCAGUGUUGCAGUCAAGACCACGUUAAGACCAAGUCAAGACCAAAACUAUGAAGAGUUGAGUGCAAGUCAAGACAAAGACUGAGGCAAGACCAGGUUAAGGCUUGUUUGGACCAGUGUCUAAAAUGUGACCGAAAUAACUAAAGGUUAUAUCUAGGUACUGAAAAUACACUAUUUAAGAAAAAAAUCAUUUUAUUCCUUCCACUGCCCCUCACCCCCACCCCAUAAGAGAAUUGUUGGUUGUAUUUCAGAUACUUCUAAGCCUGCAUGAUGUAUCUAUACUACAGUAUAAUGACUCUACUAAAACUGGUGCUGAGGAGGCACCUUCAAUCCCAAAGCAUGAGAAGUAGGAAUCUAUCAUGGUUUGUGGCCUGGAGUAAAAACAAACUGUCGGUGUUGGCAGAAUUAAGGAAUGGCAUCAAAGUAUUUGCUUGUCUGUUUCACAAUACUUGAAUCCUGCUUGUAUCCAAUUUAUACACUAUAUCCACAAACAGAAUAAAGUGCCUUUGUGAAGUACUGCUGUCCCCACAGUCAUGCUCUUGACUGGUGGUCAGAAUAAAUCCAGAGUUCCGUGAGUUUUAGACAAACCGGAGAAAAACUACAAUUACAUCCCACAUUAAACUGAGACCAUACAAAAGACCAAGACUUAUCUUCAUUACUACGUAAACACUAGCAUAGCUAGAACUUUCAUGUUACAUGCUUAUGUCUGUUGAGUUCAUUCAAUAAAACAUCACAUUCGAACAGAAUCCAUGAAGAGCUGUUUCAAAAAUGUUGUCAUA